AUGAUUGACCGGGAAGCCGUCUUCCCAACGCGGCAGUCCCUAGGCAUAAUGAAAGCCAAGCUCAAGGGCGCUGAGACAGGCCACAGCUUGCUCAAGCGGAAAAACAUCACCCGGCGGAUCGACGAGGCGAAGCGCAAGAUGGGCCGCGUGAUGCAGAUCGCGUCGCUGUCGCUGGCGGAGGUGACGUACGCGGUGGGCGGCAACAUCGGGUACCAGAUCCAGGAGUCGGCCAAGUCGGCCCGGUUCCGCAUCCGCGCCAAGCAGGAGAACGUGUCGGGCGUGCUGCUGCCCGCCUUCGAGAGCUACCUGACCGAGGGCAACAACGAUUUCGCCAUGACGGGGUUGGGCAAGGGCGGCCAGCAGGUCCAGCGCUGCCGCGAGACUUACGCCCGCGCCGUCGAGGCGCUUGUGGAGCUGGCGAGUCUGCAGACGGCGUUUGUCAUCUUGGACGAGGUCAUCAAGGUUGUUAAUCGGAGAGGUAGCGAACACGUCAUUAUUCCGAGGACGGAGAACACCAUCAAGUAUAUCAACUCGGAACUCGACGAGCUCGACAGAGAAGAAUUUUACAGACUCAAGAAGAAGCAGCGGGACACUGCCGCCGCAGACGCCGAGAUGAAAAAGCGAAAAGAGGAGAGUGAGGAAAAGGGAGAGGAGAAUGUAGCGCCGGGGGCUGAGGAUUCUGCCGGGCCGACGGAUCUUUUAGUAGCUGCUGAGGAUGAGGAUGUGAUCUUUUGA